AUGUUACCGAAAGUCAUAAGAGCUCUUGGUCCUCUUGUAUUGGGUAGUGUUCUGAGUGUCUCUUGUUCAACAAUGGAGAUCCACAAAACAAACAAGGAAAUGACGCUCUUUGACUUCACUACUGACAAACAACAAAACCACUUGUGGAGGGAGAUCAGUGAUACGGUGCGGGAACCAGGCAUGUCCAAAGCAGUGUUCUCGAUACAGAAAACUCGGCUAUUUCAAAGGGCGGUCAUGUUUGCCAUGAUAAACCCGCAGCCGAAUGGAGCUGGUUUUGCAGGAGUACAGACCGAGAUGCCUGAUACCGCUGCUAGUCACGCUCAGGAUACUGGACUCAAACUGCUGGUAAGAGGUCAGGGUCAGUUGAAGUACUGGAAGGUAGUACUGACAGAUACAGACCAGAUAGGAGCCAUGAAACAGUAUAGCUACGAACAAAAGUUUACUGUUGAACUGGACCCGAAGGAGACAGGGGGCGACAUGGAUAUUGUGGAGCUGCCAUUUUCUGAGUUCAAAGCUUUUUUCAGAGGUAGGGAAGUUGAGGAUGCUCCUCCGUUGGAUCUGGCGAAAACUGGAGCUUUUGGACUCCAAACAUUUGGUGGUGUUUAUGACAAUUUUAAGCAGAAAGGCACCAGAGGCACAUAUUAG